CUCAUAAAUUAUACUAUGAGCGAAUGGAAGCGUCACUUGACUUUUGGGCAACAUGAGUGGCAUGAGGGCGACAUACAAGUUCCACGGCGAGGUGGUACACUCGUUCGAAAGCUUUCCGAGCGCCACCGAGGCGUCCAAUGAGUACGCUCCGCCACCCGGAGAAGAGCAGCUCAACCACUCGUACUCAGGCAAGAUGGACGGCGGCAAACCCAUGCCCGAGCUUAAAUCAACAGGCCCGUACGCCGCUCUCGUCACCGCCAUCAAGCGAGCGAAGGAGGACAGCGAGGGGUUCCUGAAGGACAGGGUGGAAGGUCCUGUGCCGGCCAAACUCUACAACCAAUAAAGCACGGAGCUGUGCACUUUACAACUUCAAUUUUACUAGCAUCCCUUUCAACAAACAAUGCGUUUUAUUUUUCAUCAAUUUCUAGAUGAGAAGAUCAGUUUCUUAAGGAC